UAUUCCAAAUAUUUAUGAGGUUUUGAUGCGUGAAGCCGCUGAGUAGGUCCACUAACAUUCCCACUGCACGAAUAUAAAGUACUGGAAUCAUCACCAACAGGCAAUUACUGAUAGAAAACACGCGAUACAUCCCAUAUAACUCAAGAUGGCAAAGGAUGGCGAUGGAUAUGGCUUUUUCCCUGGGUCUUGUAUAUCAAUCGAGGGUAUUCUAAAAAUAUUGGAGUUGGUUUUUGGUGUAGUGGCAUUUGCAUUGGUUUUGAGCCAUGAGGAUGCAAAACUGUUUUCUCAUUAUGGCUUCUUUAUUGUUGUGAGCGGUCUUUGUUGGAUUGGAGCUCUGCUAUUUCUUAUUUUCCAUUUGUUUGGCUGCUGCAACGUCUGCUGUCUUGGAAAAUGGCAGAAGGAGUACUCAUUGUGGAUUUUCCUGUUGAGUUAUGCCCUGUCAUUUUUCUUCUUUUUCCUGUUUGCAUCUGCCCUGCUGGUACAGUGGACCAAAGCAAAAGCAGUAUUUGUCAUUGCUGCUAUUUUGGGCUUCAUCUUGGUUGUCGUGUUUUUCAUCGAGUGCAUCCUUUACUACCGACGUGUGAGGAAAAUCAGGACAACUGAGGUGGCUUGGGAAGGAGCCAAAACCCGCAACAUCUAAACACUUCAACUGUGGCACCUAAAAUGUAGCUGAACUGUUCCUGAAAGUUAAACACAUCAUAAUACACAAGUACUUGGCUCAAGACCUUGUUGGAAAACGAUGUGCUUUACGCCUUUCGUCAUAAAACAAAAUGAAAAGGAGUGAAAAAUGGAUUAUAUUACAGGGACGUCAACUUCGAAAUUCGAAAUAAUUUUACUUAAUUGUUGUCAUGAAAACAGUAAACCUUUUUUUAUGAUUUUUUUAUGUUUUACCUUUAAAUCUAGACCCCUUCAAUUCAGUUAAGUUGACGUUCCUGAUCAACCGCGCAUAUUGUAUUUGAUUAUCAUUAAGGCCUGGCUAAACUAGGACACAUGUAGCGAAAAUCAUUGUAGCGCGCGCCAAAUCUUGUAGCAGCGACAAAGAAAUGUUUCUCGGAUUGUUGAAAAAUAUUUUCGUGUUGCGCUCUACAAAAUUUGUCGCGCAUUUGAUGUUUUUGGUAGUUGCUAAACUUGGACACAUUUAGUUUAGCCAGGCCUUUAGAUAACAUUUCUAUAUACAGCCCUAGAUCGCGAGCACAAAGCUUUAUAAGAGAAGCAGUAGUAUAUUUUGGCAGUUAAUUUCGUCCCGAUCUGCGUUGCGAAAUUGCAUACGUUUUUAAUGAAAUUCCAACUUUGUGCAGCAUUACAGUCAGUCAUGGAUGCUGUGAAUGCAUAAAAGCGAGCAACGACCGUCUAAAUAAUGGACAUAAUGUAUGAAUCAAAGUGUAUUGCUAUUUUUAUAUUGAUCGAUGUUUACUUGUAGUACUGUUAAAAAGAUUUUAUAGAUCAACUUCAGUUCCACAAACGAACUUUGAGUGGUUCAUGAAUUAAAUGUUCUAUCGUAACAUGCUGUAAAAACCGCGGCCUCGAAUGUGUCUAUUGUCAUACCUGGUAGAUACUUUCGUUGUGUUGAUACUUUAAUAAACGAGUAAAGUAAAGACGAUAUUAUUGAACGAUAAAGUUCCAGUUAAAGUAUUGUAGUAUAAAUAAAGCGUUUUGUAUUUA